UGGCCCAGGUGCCCUCUGAGGGUGGAAGGAUCCGGCGACAUGGCCGUGGGGCUUGAGGCGGCGGCAGUUGGCUGCCUGUUUUCGUGGUGCUCGUUGGCUGCCACUUUUGGCUGCUUGCUUUUCGUGGCUUGGAAACUGGGGCUGGUUCAACGGCUGCGGUAUCAGGUGGAAGCUUCAAGUCCCAGACAUGGUGGUGAGAGUGUAGCUGAGGUGCUGAAGGCUCAUGGUGUGAAGUACGUGUUCACCUUGGUGGGAGGACACAUCUCACCGAUUCUUGUGGCUUGUGAGAAGAUUGGCAUCCGUGUGGUAGACACACGACAUGAGGUCACAGCUGUAUUUGCUGCUGAUGCUGUGGCCAGGCUUUCAGGUUCUAUUGGUGUUGCUGCAGUAACUGCAGGUCCUGGUUUAACCAACACGGUGACUGCAAUGAAAAAUGCGCAAAUGGCAGAGACUCCAGUGCUGCUGAUUGGGGGAGCAGCUGCAACUCUUCUACAGGGCAGAGGUGCACUGCAGGAUAUUGACCAGCUGUCACUUUUCAGAACCCUUUGUAAGUUUUGUGCUUCCGUGUGUACAGUUCGCGACAUUGUUCCUGUGCUCCGGAAAGCUAUUGCAGUGGCUCAGUCUGGUACUCCAGGACCUGUGUUUGUUGAGUUCCCAAUUGAUGUCCUCUACCCAUAUCAUGUAGUUCGGAAAGAGGUCAUUCCAAAAAGUGCACCUAAAGGAGUUGUGGGAAAAGCUGUAAAUUGGUAUCUUCAUAACCAUCUAAGUAACCUGUUUGCUGGAGCCUGGGAUAAGAGGGACAUCUCGCCGCUACCAGUGAAUCAUCCCAUGGCCACAGCUGAUGAGGUGCAGCGCUGUAUGGAAAUGGUGAGCAGGGCUAAAAAACCGGUCAUCCUUGUGGGCAGCCAAGCAACGCUCCCACCAACACCUGUGGACAAUGUUCGGGCAGCUCUGGAGUCUCUGGCUAUCCCUUGCUUUCUGGGAGGCAUGGCUCGAGGAAUGCUGGGAAGAGACAGCCCCAUUCACAUCCGACAGAACCGAAGGGAUGCUUUGAAAGAGGCGGACCUGGUCAUACUGGCAGGUGUAGUGUGCGAUUUCCGUUUGUCCUAUGGCCGUGUCCUCAGCAAACGGAGCCAGAUAGUUGCUGUAAACCGCGACUGUUCGCAGUUGCUGAAAAACUCAGACAUGUUCUGGAAACCAACACUCGCUGUGAGAGGUGAUGCCGGUUCCUUUUUAGUUCGGUUGGCAAAGGGGUUAAGAGGUUAUCAGGCUCCCAGCGAUUGGACCCGAUACCUGAAGGAUGGAGAUGUUAAAAAGGAAAAGGCUAAUAGGUACAAAUACAUGUAUACAAAAGGAAAGGAACAUGAAGGCUAUAACCUAGAAAAAUGUGCUCUUUAUUAG